AUGGCCACGGCACGAAAGAGCGCGCUGGACGCCGUCAAGCGUUUCCGCGCUCGUGAGCUCGCCGCUCUGACCAAAUCAACUCCUCUACCUCUACCGUCUCAACCCUCGGCGGAAAGCGCCGCUUCUGCCUUGCAUAACCCCUUCGUACCGCACAAGAACCCGGUCACGGGACGCUGGGCGCCGCCCAAGUACUCUCUACGCCAGCAAGCGAAGCUCGUAAAGCAGGCCAAAGUCUCCGGGACUUUACACCUUCUUCCUCCUGGCCUCAAAUACGACGCAGCAGCCCCGAAGCGGCCCGAGGACGAUGCGGCGUAUAUGGCGAAGAUUCACGCGCGUGAAGAGCGUGCCGCUGCACGCUCGAGUGGAUCGGAUAUAUUCGCUAUCCUGGACGCACAAGAGAAAAAGUUGGAGAACGUGGUAGCGGCGGAGGAGUCGGGUGCAGUCGUACAGACGGAUGCCGUCGCGGAUAUUGUGACAGCGAAGGCAUCAACAAGUUUACGCGCCCGUCGCCGGACUGCCAAGGCUGCGUCGCAGGCGAAAGAACAGAGGUCGGCUAAACCGCAAGAGUGGGACAGCUCGGUCGAGUGGGUUGGCACCCCUCGCAGGCGUUACAUCCCUGGCGCAGAUAUCGGUGUGCGCUUGUACGCUGGCAAGCGUCUCAUGUUCAAGGGCCACCGCUGGGAACGCGAGAAGCCCGAGAAGGAGGCUCGCAUCAAGAUGCUGCUUCGCGACAUGCCGCAACGCAUCGACCGCUUCAGGAGGUGGCACGCCAAGUCAAGACCUCAACCGCUCAAGCCGGCGAAGGGCAAAGCGAAGGCGCAGAAACUUCCCUUCUAG